ACAAGUUGUAUGUAGAAUUCAUCAGACAAUCCUAUUUGAGAUUGUACAUGAGAUCUGACAGCUUGUUCCCUUGUGUGAAGUAAUCCUUUGAAUUUAAAAUGGCAGGUGUUAACAAAUGUAUAAAAUACUCCAUGUUUGCCUUCAACUUUAUAUUCUGGAUCUGUGGCUGUAUCAUCCUUGGAGUUUCAAUAUGGAUCCGAGUGGGUAGUGAUCCGACAGCGGACAUUGAAUCAUUCCAGUCUGCUGCGAAUCUAUUGAUUGCAAUAGGUUGUAUUAUAAUGGUGCUGGGAUUCCUCGGCUGUUGUGGUGCAGUACGGGAAAGUAGGUGCAUGCUUCUAAUGUUUUUCAUUGGAAUUUUCCUGAUACUAGCCCUUCAGAUUACAGCAGGUGUUUUAGCAGUUGUGUAUAAAUCCAAGAUUGAAGAGACUCUAGAAAAGUCUAUAGCAGAACACAUUCCAUUCAUUAAUCAAACAAAAGAAUUUAAAGACAAUCUGGAUAAUUUUCAAAAAGAGAAUAAGUGCUGUGGUCUUAUUAAUGGCACUAAUGACUGGGGUUUCAAAAAUGAUGUUCCAGAAUCUUGCAAAUGCACUACCACAAAUACCCCUGGCUGUACGGCAGAUGGAUAUUAUGAACAGAAAUGUUUAUCAAAGGUUUCUGAAGUACUGAAGGACAACAUUUCCAUUAUUGCUGGAGUAGCAUUUGGACUUGCACUCAUUCAGCUGAUUGGUUUAGGAUUCUCCAUGACCAUGUACUGCCAGCUCAAGAAUAAGUAAAGCCUUGCAGAUGAGAAAGAGGCCUGAUUUGGAGAUGAGAGCUUGUGCUUUAUAACACUUUGUACAGCAAUCUUUAGAAAAAAAAUACAAAUGAUGUCUCAAGUAUAUAACAGUCUGUCACUCAGUCGUAUAUUCUGUUCUGUUAUUCAAGAACUGUAUAUUGUAAUUUGUGAAAAAUGAAAGAUGAAUUGCUUAAAUAACAACCACUUUCUCACACUAGCUGUCAAUCUCUGUAAAACAACAUAACAGUGUAAAUAUAACUAUGCAGUUCUGAUAAAAAAUAAAAAUAAUCACGUUUC